AUGAACCACCAGUCUACCGACGAAGAUGCUGCCUUUGCGUUCGCGUCUCCAAUGUUUACGUCCUCCAGCGGAGAAUCUUUAUUCUUGUCCCGCUCAUCAGUUGGGGGUUCGUCUACCACUUCAUUGAAUACGACUGCGACAGAUGAUUUCAUGUCUACUGUUGAAAAUGUAGAAGAUCUCGUAGCUUUUGACGAAGACACGAUCUCUGCCAGAGCUCAAAGAUUCUCGAUACCCGAAAUAGAGGAAGAAGAAAAUGACAGGAAGAUGUCUCCUAUAACCGUCGAAUCCAAGGCGCCUCCUUCUUUGACUAUCGAAACCGAGAUGCCUUCCGCAACGAUCGAGGCCACAGAGCCAGCAGCAACACCAACUCCUGUAAUUGCUCCGAAUGAAGCAGGCUCAGAAACAGAACUGGACGAAGAAGAAAACAACAUGGAAAUGUCUUCUCCAGCCAUCGAACCUAAGGCGUCUCCUCUGAUAAUUGAAGCGAAGAUGCCUCCCACAAGUAUCGAAGCCACAAAAUCAGAACCACCAACUCCUGUAAUUGCUUUGAGUGAUGUACCGUCAGAAACACAUUUGAAUAGAGAAGAAAGUAACAAGAAAAUGUCUCCUACAAUGAUCGAAGCCAAGGCGCCUCCUAUGACUAUUGAAGCCAAGAUGCCUUCAACAAUAGUGGAAGCCACAAAAACUCCUGUAAUUUCUCCGAGUGAUCCAGACUCAGAAAGAGAAUUGGGCGAAACAAAAAAUGACUUUUGGGAGAGAUCUUUAGCUGAAACAGAAGCGCCAUCUCCAUUAAUGCCCCCACCAACAGAGGAAGUCACAUCAACUACGACAAGCGCAGAGUCAAAUCCAGAUGCUGCGGCAAACGUUUACAAGGGGGCAAAGGGAGUCUGGGCCUGGGGUAAGAGUGUGCCAGUGUUCUCUCCCUUGAUGGGUAUUGCAGAAUGUGUGGCUGGUAAAGCGCUCCAAGUGGCUGGAACCAACCUUCAAGAUUUGGACUCUAACCUGAUUGAACCUCAGCUCCAAAACUUGGAUUCUGGCAUUUUGAAUCCUGCCAUCAAAACAGUUGCCGGUAUAAUGUUGGGGGCUGCUGGGAAAGCAGAGGGGGUUGUCAAGCCAAUCAUCGUAAUUGUUCUUUCUCCCUUCAAGAUGCUGACUCAACAGCCUUCCAAUGAAGAGGUCGAAGUUGCCAACUGA